CCUUUCUCCUCCGGCCGGCACCUUCCAAAUCUCCAUUGCAUCAUAGAGUGUUCAGUUGUUGCUGUUUCUUCCGCUCUCACACCACUGCUCUCUCUGCUCCUGCUCCACCAUGAUGCAAGAAGGGAGCCCUUUGGACUUGAACAACCUGCCGGAGGAGUACGGCAAGCAAGCCGUGGAGAGUUCAACGACCACCGCCGCAUCCAGCGGCGCCACCGCCACCGCCACCGCCACCGACGCAACUAGGAUAAAGAAGAAGAGCACCGGCCGCAAGGAUGAGGCCGGCAAGGUGUACGAGUGCAGGUUCUGCUCCCUCAAGUUCGGCAAGUCUCAAGCCCUAGGCGGCCACAUGAACCGCCAUCGCCAAGAGAGGGAGACCGAGACCCUCAACCGCGCCCGGCAGCUCGUCUUCGGCAACGACACCCUCUCCUCCGUCGACGUACACGCACAGAUGAGUUUCAGGGAUGCGGGUAUGGGAGGCAGUGCUCCAUCCGUCAUGCUUGGAGGAGGAGGAUUCAGGGGAGGCGUCAACGGUAGCGGCGGCGGGGUCGUCGGAGACCCAAGCCACCACCCAUUCCGGCCGGUGCACCCGCGGGUGUCGCCGCAGACGCCGCCGUCGUACCACUACCUCUACAGCACGACGCCGUCCGCGUUGCACCCCAUGAGCUACCCGGCGACGUACGCUGCGCCUCCCCGCCAGCAGCCCCCCUCCGUUGGCGACUACGUCAUCGGCCACGCCAUCUCCCCCGGCGACGCAAUGAUGCAGCAGCAGCAGCAGCGCCGCGCUGCCGGCUUCACCUCCUGCUUCGGUGCUCCAGUCGCCGCGCGGCAGACGGCGCCGGGGAACGUACAGCCAGACCACAACUACAACUUCGGGUGCGGCGGCCACACCAGAAAUGUCAAUGCCUCCUCCUGAGUUGAUGCAGCUAAUUAGUGUAAAGAGCCAGGGAAUUAUUAUGUUAAGAUAGGCAUUUUAGUUUUUGGAUAUCUCUCGAAGAGAGAGAACUGUCUCUGAAGUUUGAUUUGCCUUGAAAUUCUACUAGGUAAUCAGUACUACUGCAUGUUUGAACUUAAUUUGCGGCUAAUCUAUUAAUAUUAGUUUUUAA